AUGGAAGGUCUAUUGAGAAAACAGAAAGAGCCAGGGCCAUAUCUCCACAUUUCAUUUGAAGAAGAAACAGUUGAGGAGCAAAUGCACAUGCUUUUGGGAUUUUACAAAAUGCCAACACUAGCUUAUUACGGGGCUGGCUAUCCUUUUGGAGGUAAAAAUUAUUUAGAUAUGUUAUGCAUUAUUCGUGCAAAUCAAAAUCACAUCCAACUGCCUCAAGAAAUUCUUUCUAUAAUAGAUGAAGCUCCAGAAAUUUUUUAUUCAACUCCACCUCCAAACAAAAAAGGAGUUUGACAACCAAAGCCUUAAAAAAUAAUACAGAUUUGGCUUCCGACUUAUUACGCAGUUAGCAAGGAUCUCCGCAGGUGAUUCAUCUAUUUUGCGCCGUCAUCUUCUUACUUUGAACCAUUGAGAUGAAGAAUUCACUUACUCCCCCCUCCAUCCUUGAUCGAACGACUCGCCAUCGUUCGAUCAAGGAUGGGGGUUAAAAAAAAUUUUUCGGGAAAAAAAAAUUUAUAUAUAAAAUAAAAAAAUAUAUAGAUAUUUUUUUUUAUUUACUUUUAAAUAAGAGGGUUAAGAAUAUUUAAUAAUUAUUUUUACAGCAAAAAAUUUAAUUUAUUUCAUAAAAUACCAAUUUUUUAAUAUUUUGAUUUAUUAGUUACCCCUUUAAACUGUAUAAAUUUUAAUUUGUUCCUUAUUGAAUUAAUUUUUUUUUAAAAAAAUUUUAAAAAAUCUGUAUUUUAUUAGAUUAUUGAGUUUUUAAGCAUAUGUUAAUGACUAAAUCACUUCGGAUGGUUGAUUCCGCAGCUUUCUGUCGUCUCAAAGCCUCUGAAAAUACUUCAUUAUGUGCAUCUUCCCAAGCUUUUGAUAAAUAAUAUAUUUUUAUAUAUAUAUAAACAUUUGCAUGAUAUGAAAAUCAUUCGAUCAAGGAUGGGGGUUAAUUUCCCCAAUUUUUAGGAAUUUUUACAGUCAAUCGUUCGAUCAAGGAUGGGGGGAGUUAGCUGAGGAUUCCAAUUCAACUUGUUUCUUCUUUUCAGCCUCCUGCCAGGGCACGGUGAGUAUAAGUAGAUUUGGGUGCCGUCUCCUCCUUGCCUUGUCGGCUGCAGUGUUGAGUGGGCAGACUGAUUACUUCACACGACGCCUAUUUCAUAACGACUAUUUUUUUUUGGCCUAUGUUUUUUUGGCAUAUUUUUUUCACCUAUUUCUUUUUGGUCUAUUAUUUUUGCCUAUUUUUAUUUGGCCUAUUUUUUUUAGCCUAUUUUUUUUGUCUUAUUUUUUGUCUAAGCUCAUUCAUGAGCUUAUGAGAGAACUAAAACUUUAUUGAUAAGUGGAGGCAUUUCCUUACGCGAUUAAUAUUGAGUAUUUUAAGUGGAAAACUCCUAAUUAAAUCUAAAAUUCUCGAAAUUUAAAAAGCAAUGAAUUAGUAUUCAUAGAGUAAGAGAUCUGUUAAGGGAGCAUUUUUUGUUGGUAAAAUUGUUUAAAAUACAUUAAAAAAAUUUAUAUUAAAAUCAUUAGUAUGGAAUUAGGCCCAAAUAUUAGUAAAAAAUAACUAAAAAAUGUCCAAAAAAAAGGCAAAAAAAUAGGCCAAAAAAAAUAGGCCAAAAAAAAAUAAUCGUUGUGUGAAGACACAGGGCAGACUAUGGACUUCGGAAGCUUGCUGUUUGGGUGAACGAAGGUUUUCCGCACAAAAAUACCAAAAAAUAGAAUUUUCUAGCCAACUUUUGGCAAAAAGGAAAAAACUCAAAGCCGAGGCUUAACACUUGGUUUAGUGCUAGCAGGCUGCCUAAUGGUCUAUACACUGCCAAAAUUAUUUACGUAGUAUUGCUGUCCAUUUUGGGUCGGCAAAACCUUUCCAGAUAUAAUUAAUAUAGCGCCUUUCUUAAGAUGGCGCAUUGCGCGCCAUCUUAAGAAAGGCGCUAUAUGUGUUUGAGGCUGCAUUGUCGGGAGACAAUGCCCGGGCCGAGAUGCCAUAUCAGUUAUUUAAUAGCCAAAGCCAGUUCCGAUUCCUCACCCUACAGAAAUUAAAUUUUAUUUUAUUGUGAGUGACAUAUCUGAACUUAUUAUAAGGGUAAAAUAAAUAUCAGAAAGGUCCAUUGCUUAACCUUGUUAACCACGCAUGAGCAUUUACAGAGUUUCAAGGAACAAGAAAGACAAAGCAUAUUCCAAACUGUAUAAUCCCUAUUGAAGGGUUUCAAGAAAUAGAAAACAAUGGUGUAAAAUUUGGAAGCUUAAGGGCAGAAUACAUGUCAAUGCAUUUCAAAAAAGGAGCUUUAUGCAUUUCACCGAAUAAUCAUAAAGUCUUGAUAUCACCAGAUGUUGCAAUUAAUAAAUGCUGAACUAUUUCACUUUUUGAUGAAGAGCCGAGGGCUUAUGUUACUCUGCAGUGGCUCUUGACGAGAAAUGACUUAUCGAUGGCAUUUUCAACGCCAAAUAAUUUAGCUGAGCUGCUAGGGUUUUUAGGUGAUCCUUUAUUAGAUAGCAUAUUUCAAAGGAUCAAUUAA